GUUUCAAACAAAAUGUGAAUGGCAGAUGCAAAUCCGAUCGAUGUGUUUAUGCAUACGCUUGUACAUUUCCGCACUCGUGCGCAACAAACAGCAAUGUUGCAAGCAAAACAGUGUCUCGAUGCAUUGAAAGCGGUUAUUUACUCGAAAGUGGGCAGCACUUGCCCCAAGCAUGACAGUAAAUUUGCCUUUUGUUUUCACAUUAUCACAAUUUCGGUGGCGCCAAGCGAUCAUUACCGGUGUCGCCUCCACAAAAGUGUAAAUGUAACGUUUUGUUGCUGUCAAUAUUUUGAGUGCAACCAGCAAUUUGAGGCGCGUGUGUCAAUAAGUGAAUUCUGGAAUAAAGUGGAAAACUUCAAAAGAAUGAAAAUAUGAUUUUGAAUUCAUAUUUUUCAUAUAAUUUGUAUAUUUUUUUCGAGAAAGUAACCAAAAGAAAUUCGUCUCAUUCUGUGUAUAUGUGUGUAGAUCUAAGAACAGGUGUCACAUACAUACGUGCAAACAAAUAGAUGUGUGUAAUUAUGUUCGUAUUAAUGCUGAAAUAAAAGUUAAUUACAUUAAAUAAAAGUCAGAAAAUCUGUAGCUUCUUCUCGCUGCCACAAAACGUGCCGCAUCUAAAAAGAGCUGUAAUCUGCUUCAACUAUCUGAGAAAUUGCAAAUAACCGACAAACUUGCUUAUUAACAACUCUACAAAGCAAAGAGGCUGUGAAGAAAUUCAGAUCAAAGAAAGUUAAUGAACGGGAACAACGCAAAAUUAAUAUACAAAGGUUGCAAUAUGAAAAUAACAAUUUAAAUGAACUGAUCGAAAAAGAAAAAAAUGCAAUACAAUUAUUAAAAAUUGAAUUAUAUUUGCAUGGUUUAAAUGAACUGAACACAUUCAGCGACGAAGAAACUUCAUAAACUGCACGAUCAUGAUAAACUGCUGUUAUUACGUUAAUUUAAAAUUUAAACUUACAAUGAUUUGAACUGAAAAUAUUUUUAAUAAAUAUUGCCUUUAUAUCUAUACUUAAUAUUAUAAAUGCGAAAGUCCGUUUGUUUGUUAAGCUUUCACGCAAAAACUACUUAACAGAUCAUCAUGAAACUUUGUACAUAUACUCUUAGCGGUGUCAGAAUGAACAUAGGAUACUUUUUAUUACAAAAUUUAUAAAUUUUUUACGGAUUAUUAAAAAAAUUAUUUUGGAAGAUUAUAUAUGUUUGGAAAAUAAAUUUGAAAAUUUUGAAAUUGAAAAAAAAAGUUUGGCAGAAAUGAUUGUUUGUCGAAAAAAUUAAAAAUGAAAGAAAACAUAAAUGUAUAAAAUACGUAAAUCAGAGAAAUAACACAAAUAUGGAUUCGAUGCGAGCGAAGCCGCGGGUAGAAGCUAGUAUUAUAUAUAUGUGAGCUAAGUGCAACAUUAUUUUUUAUAUUCAACCCAUGUUUAUUUCGUUUGUUUUGCUUAGAAUACUCAUAAAGCUACACUUUAGUAAGCACAUUUCUGAAUUAUCCAAAUUUAUUUUCUACCCAUCAGUCUCCUUUUUUUUAAUCAAAAUGAGAUAAUUGGGACAAAAUAAACAAACAAAGAAAUCUAUUUUAAAAUUUAAUUAGAUUUGUUAAAUGAUUAUCACCGUAAUCACCAUAAACAUAUUAAAACAAAAUUCAAUUAAAAACUGUAAUUAACAUAUUUAUUUCCUAAGAAAACAAAUAUUCUUCCUUCAUGCAUCUCUGUAAAUUUUUUGACGUUUUCUUUAUUUUCGCUAUUCCUCUUGGGCUUGACGUUUUCAUCCUGGUAUUUCACAAUUGUAAGUUUGGCUGCGUAUUUUCGUUGGUGUUUACAAUUUUUAUACGCUUGUAAAUUUAUAAUUUUAUCCAUAUUGGUUAAUGCUUUUAACGAUUUCAAAUAGAAAAUAGUAUAACCAAAGAUAAAAUGCCAGCGAGGAAGAAGACUAGUGGUGGCGGUGGAAACACAUCAGAUGCGUCAAAACAUGAUGAUGAUGCAUACCGAGAAAAAAGACAAAGAAACAACGAUGCGGUGAAGAAAACACGACAAAAAUCUAAAGAGACUGCAACAGAACGUAAACGCAAUGUAGAGCGACUCAAAAACGAUAAUAUAAAGUUGGAAGCCUCUAUUAAAGAGGUAAAAGAACAUGUAGAAACACUUAAAAGCUUACUUUUAGGCAAUGUAAAGAAAGAGGAACACGAAGUGUUUCUGCAAAAAAUACUUAAUGAACCUACAGACGACGAGGAUGACAGUAUGGAUGGCACAUGACUGAACAAAAACCGUAAAAUACAGCACGGAGGAGGUUAAAAAGCAUGUUAAUUGUUCAUAUGCUAGGCGUGAUAUUUAUUUUCACAUGUAUCUUAAUAUGAUUGGAGUGUAAAGUCGCUUUCAAUGUGCUAUCAGUUGGCAAAAUUUAUCUAACAUUUUUCUAGAUGUUCUAUAUGUAAAAUGUAUUUGUACGACUAUAUGACUAUAUACAUAUUUGUGAAAACAUAUGUGUUUAUAAAAAUAUUAAUAAGCACUACAUGUAAACAAUUUAUGUAUUAAAUAUAUAAAACUUACCAUCAAAUA